AUGAUUAUUUUGUUAAUCCUCGGACUCUUCAUAUUUUUAUUGUUAUUUUCGUCUUACGCCCAUCGUCCAAUUCUCGACGUGGAAUCUGCAUCAGUAUCAAUCUUGAAUAACACUGCUAGUUGGAACAUUAGAAUCUUGGCAAGGAACCCUAAUAAGAACUUUGAAUUCGAUUACAGUGAAUUUGAUGUUAGGGUUUCUUACAGAGGCGAAUACAUAUUUGGAACAAAAACUAUCGCUUUUAAUUCAGUUGCAGAGGAUGAGACAUUAAUAAAUGCAACCGCAGUUGUGCCACUGGUUAACAUAAGUGAUUUCAUAGCCAAUCCCAACCCAGAUGGAACUGUAAAUAUUGAUGUGAAUUUGAAGGGUUCUGUGGUUGUACAGAAGGCAUCUCGAGGACGAGUUGAACAGACGAGCAUUAAGGUACUAUGUAAGGAUGUUAGAAUUAAAGUUUCAGAUGAUGAGAGGGAUUUCGGUGCUGUGGUGGAAGGUCCAAAGAAGUGUUCUGUUAAGAUGAAGACUGUGUGGUGA